AGCUCUGCAUGUUUGCUGAUAGAGGCCCAUGUCUGGGAUCGGACUGUGGAACUCUUCACUGGGCUGAACAUUGAGCUACACAAUCACGAUAAGUGUAGAGUUUUCUGCGUUGUUAUUGUUUUGGUUUGGGUCUUUAUAUUUGAAUGUGUGUGGCGUGGCUUGAUUACAGCUUUCAGUGUCUAUUUUUAGGUGUGAAAUGUGAAAUGCAAACACCGAGGACAGUCUAUAGGACAUUGUCCUGCAGCAAUCACAGUCUGUGUGUUCGCAUGUGGCCCUUACACAGUUGCACAAUGAAGCCUCCAUAUCUGGCUGCUGUGUCACGACGCUGACGAGCCUCGGGGUGUGUGUACCUGGCCCGGGCAGAUUCCACCUAACCCCCGUCAGCCCUUUUGGGAAAGACAAUAACUCCUCCAAAAAGUCACCAUGACACAAGUGGUGCAGAACCACAGCCACAGCUGGUGCUUUCUUCUUUUCGUGCGCAGUGAAUAUUCAUCGGAUCUGUGCGCACAGGAGUGCGGCGGUUUUUACCCCAGGGAGGAGGAGGGAGGCACUGGAAGACUUCGACCCGUGUGAGGUGCUUCUGCAGCCGCUGCGCUAAACCGAGACGACGGGGACACACUGGAGGGACUUUAUGAAAUCAUGUCUGAGAGCCCCGAGGAGCAGCCGAGCACCGGGGUCCUGGGCCGUAUUGGGAGCUGGUUAUCUCCUUGGAAGGCAAAGGGUCAGAAGAGUCCAACUGAAGAUGACCCCCCGACCGGGGAUCAGGCUUGUUGGUCAGGGGAAGGCGAGGAGAGUGAGGAGUCUGUGAGACCCUGGGCGGGGGAACAACAGUGGCAGGAGGAGGAGAAGAAGGACCAAAGCUCUGGUCCCAAUCCGCUUGGACUCUCCAGAGACAGUUUCCUUUGUGAGAGGAGGGACGCCACGCAGUCUGCCCGCAGACACGACUCUGCUGGCGCUGACCGGGCCCACACCCAGAGACAAGCACAGGCCCAGGCAGGCCGGAGGCUCCAUGUGUACCUGGAGGAGACCAGCGUGUUUCACCACGGCCAGGUCGCCACACAGGAAGUCGUCCGCACCAAAGUCACAGAAAGCCUACAGAUCCCCCAAAAGACAAAAUCAUCCCCUAGCUUUGAUUUAACAAACGGCCCAACCUCAACAAGUGCAGAGAGCAGAGGGACAAGAGUGAGGCCUGCAGCUGAGGCACAGAGCUAUUACAGCGAUCCAGUGGGAGUGCCACCGAAAUCACACAAAGACCCAGAGUUAGAGCCUGAACUUGAUCAAGAGCAAACAGAGGCAGACAGCAUGGGGCGUAAAAAUGCAGCCAAGAGGAGACAGAGGAAGAACUCUCAGGGAGAUGGGGUGAGCAGCCCCCAGGAGAAAAUGCCUCCCAGUGCCCAGCCUUUCCCAGAGGGUUCCCUCUCAUCAGAUAAAUCAGUGACCAGUCCUCAGGGCAAAAGUCCAAGCACUCACAUGGGAGAGCCGUCUGAAAGCUCCUCCCCCAGUCCAAACCUCAUCUCUAAGGACUUGCCUAAGGGAGGGGAAAACAAGACUUCCUGCUCUGAUAGCGACAAGCAGUUGGACGACUUCCAGGAUUCAAACUCAGUCGUUGCAGACACUCUGGUGUGGGCGGUUGAUGGGGACGCAGACAUGGAGGACGACAGCAGCCUUUACAAAGUGGAGAGGAAGACGGAGACACCGGAGUCUAAACGCAGGAGUAUGAAGGUUUCCCGGAGCGAGGUGAAGCUCUUUAGAAAACAUGUGCCGCUGGAACCCGCACAAAGUCCUGCGGGAGACGUCCAGGAUUAUAAAUCAAAGUUAAAGAACGACCGAGGCGAAGAAAAGGAAAAACCCAAACCGGAGACUAAUGCAAGACUACAAGACCUGAAGAAAACCGCAGAGGAGCCAAAACCAGUCGUCGGUCGGAUCACAGAUAAAAUCAGCCUCUUCGAGCACCAGCAGGGGGGUGAGGGCUUCAAGAAGACCUUCCAAACCCCGAGAAGCGCCGACGUCUCCCCGGUCAGGAUUGCCACAGACAAGCUUAAAGCAAUUCCCGAGUUGUCAUUCCCGAGGUCAAGAUCGGCUGAACGCAACGCCACGGUCAAACCCAACGCCCGGCCACUGGUUGGGGAGAAACCAAUGACAAUCAAGGAACGAGUGAGGAACUUAACGGAGGCAUCUUCGUCAGAGGCUAAGCCCGCUGUGCCUCAAAAGCCAACCAUGACAGGAAUGUCUAAAAAAUCCACAUCCUCUGUGGCAGCCGCUGCCAUAGAGUUGCCAGAACAGGACAGUCAGGGUAAACUGGAUGUGAAAACAGCAAAGUCAGAGAUAACAAUAAAACCUGAUGGACGAGAUACCACGUCUGUAGGGGUAAACAUUUCCAUUCCAAAGGAUCAACCGACCGACUCUAAGAAAACCGACGCAGUGACCUGUAAACAAGGAGAUCAGGGUGUGAAACCUAAGAGCUUUGAAUCAGACAUAUCGGCUAAAGUAACGGCUGAUUCUUCAGAAACCGCUGGGGACAUUAGUCAGCUGCCAAAAGGUCCGAGCAGAACGGGCUCACGCUCUAAAAGAAGGAAAAGCAGAGAUCCUAAAAGUCCCCUCAGCCCAAACAGCGAAAACAGAUCAACACCCGGAGAGCCUACAAGUUCCCUCAGCCCAAACAGCGAAAACAGAUCUACACCCGGAGAGCCUACAAGUUCCCUCAGCCCAAAUAGCGAUAACAGAUCUACAUCCAGAGAGCCUACAAUCACAAUCAGCCCAAAAAGCGAUAACAGAUCUACACCUAGAGAAACUACAACUCCCAUCAGCCCAAACAGCGAAAACAAAUCUACACCCAGAGAGCCUACAAGUUCCCUCAGCCCAAACAGCGAAAAAAGAUCUACACCUAAAGAGCCUACAACCACCACCAGCCCAAACAGUGGAAACAAAUCUACACCCAGAGAGCCUACAACCACAAUCAGCCCAAACGGCGAUAACAGAUCUACACACAAAGAGCCUAGAAGUCCCAUCAGCCUGGAAGGUGAAAACAAAUCAACACCCAGAGAGCCUACAGCUCCCAUCGGCCCGAAAAGUGAAAACCAACCCACACGUAAGACAGAGGUCAGAGAGCAGGUGGAUAAUAAAGUGGUGUCUGCCGCCAAAAAGCUCACAGCCAAUGAAGGAAAUACAUCAGAAAAACCGUCGCUGUCUGAUGCCAAACAAAAAGCUUUUAAAGAGGAAGCGGAUGUUUCUGCAAAACUGGAAAAGAAGUUUGACUCAUUUAUAAAAAAGAAUGUUGACAAACCAGCGAACGCACAGAAGGGAUUCCCCGAUCCGUCUGUCAACAAAGACGAACCUGAUGCCCCCGCUCGUAACAGAGGAACAAGGAAGCCCAUUGACAAGGAUCCUGUAAUUUCACCCCGAAAGGAGGGAAAGGCCGGGGGUCUGGUUUUCACACAGGAGAGAGAAAAAGCCUCCAAGGGCAGCGGGGAGAAUUCAGCCCCCUCUCCCUCACCCUCUGCUGACCAGCCUCCCUCGACGGAACAGGCCCCACCUGUUGAAAACCUCAAAUCUGAUAAAGAAUGUUCUGUUCAACACGACUCGAGAAGCAAAGAAAAAGUGAGGCCGCCCGGUCAGAGAGACAAAGGGCAAAAAUCGCAACCUCAAGACAAGAGCACGGACGUGAUAAAGCCGACUGGGAGUGAGGAUGCCGAGAGGCAAGAAAAGUCGGGGAGAGAAAAAGCAAAUCAGACUGAGAAGAAAGACAAAGAUAAAACACAGCAGCUCCGGCAUUCAGACUCCAAGACAGCGGGUGGUCAAGGUGACUCGGGGAAGGAGGGAACGGCUGCGAAGGGCGAUGGAACAAAAAUAGCUGAAAGAAAAGAGGAGCACAUCAAAGACAGGACGAAACAGGAAGCUGAGAAACCAGAGCCGGCCUCUCAGUCCUCCGUAACAACCAGCGGAUCAUCAGAAGAUCACAAAGGUCCGAGGGCGGCAACGACACAACCAGAAAAAGUCGUCCAGACUAAUGAGGCGGAGAGUCGGACCAAGCCUGACAAAGGGUCUUUGAGGGGAGCAAUAGAAACAACAGUGCAGACAGAAAGCUCUGGAACAGAAGUAUGUCCCGUGGCCAUUGCAGCCGAACCACAGCCUAAUUCUGUAUUAGUGGAAAAAUCGAAGCAUUCACCCGAUGACUCACAUACAGACAGAGCUAAUGAUGUCGAGUUCUCUAGCUCCGAGCCUAAUUCCAAAGCUACAGCAGCGGCCGAGGAGGUGUCCGUAAAAGCCUCCAAUUACCCUCCAGCUCGGAAAAAUGUACAGACGGGCAAUAUUUCUGUCUCUAAACCUAAGAGAAGCCCGAGAGCAGGACAGGAUGACAGGAAAAACACUGUUAAAGCAGAGCCCUCAGAGGAGAAAAUCUCAGGAGAUGUUGCAAAACUAGUCCCGAGCUCUACUCGCAUGAGCACAGAAGAAAAAGCACAGCGUCGUCCUGAUGGUGGCGCUUUAAAACCCACAGUUCAUGAGACAGAGAGGACAGCUGAGGAAACAUCCAGGCCCCUACCAAAGGAGCGUCCUCUAGUUCCUAAUGGUGACAUCACAUCACAUUCACCAAUCCUCACAGUCAAAAAGGAAGCACCCUCUUCCCCAGAGGCAGACAAACUGACCCCAGGGUCACCCCAGCGUUUGCCCAUGAAGAAGCUCCAUUUGCCACGGGGACUAAGCAGGGAUGAUGCUACGAGCCAACAAGACGCUCCCUCCAGCUGGCUGGAUGUGGACUUCCCUAAACGGAGACUGAAAGUCUCCGAGCCCAAACUGAGCUCCUCAGGGAGUGAAAGCAACCUCCUGGACAAUGAUCUGGACGACGAUGAUUUCGUAGAGAAGAUAAAGAAACUCUGCGCCCCCUUCUCCUUCCCGCCGCGCAAACACACCCAACUUAGGCCACCUCAGCCCCUGUUUGCCAUGCCGGCGAUCAAAGAGGCCCGCUUCGAAAAGACGUUUGACCCCGAUGAGUUUAAGUUCGGCUUGAGGAAGAAGGAUAAUUUCAAAUUAGAACUGCCGAGCAUGUUAGCCAAGCACAAGAAAACCGAGGAAAAAUCUGUUGUGAAGCCUGCAAGGGCCAGUUUUGCCGAUAGAAGCCUGCUGCUCAGCAGCCUGGACAACGACACUCGGCUCAGGGAGAAAACCCCGGUGAAGGAUGAGGAUGAUGGCAAAGAGGAGAAAGACAAUAAGAUCAAGGUGAAGUCUCGCUUGGAGGGAAGCUGUGUCCUCAACAGCCUCACCUCCAGCAGCUUCAGAGGGAAGAGAAAUGGAGCUCAAGCACAGGCAGACGCCAGCAGCUCUGGGGAAGUUUCUCCCAGCAGUCCCCCCCAGCUGAGCCCUCCACCCCUGCCAAGCCCAACGGCCCAAGCCCCAGUCAAAGACACACUGGCCAAGCCGAGCUCUGCCCUGAGCGGCAGAGAGGAAGCCCAGGCCGCGGAGGCUGUGGUCAAUGACUCAGGUCCUCCACUUCCUUCCUUUAACGACAUCAAGCUGCCAGACUAUUUGGAGAAGUUCCUCCAGCGGGAACCAGCAAAACCAGUGCAAAGCACACAAGGACAAGAGGAAGUCAAUAGAAAGGUUAUCGAGAAAAUGCCGACUGUGGUUCCUGGGGGUGAAGCAGACGUGGCUGUAAAACCAGGUCCGCUGCUUCCUGAAGCUGUUCCUCCACGUUUCCCUGGGAUUCCUCCGAACACACAUCCUGCUCUGCCUGAGAGGCCUCUGGCUCCGCCGCAUGAGAAACCUGCUCAUCAUAUAAGAGUCGCCAAGGGAUUUCACAAGCGUCCUGGAAAGAUGGUGUUAUUUGAGAAACCGGAGUUCAGUGGCCAAGCGUAUGAGAUUCACAGGGACGUAGCAGAUGCCACGGCUCUGCAGCUCUCGCCCCUCAUAUCUGUGAAGGUUGUCAGAGGAUGCUGGGUGCUCUACGAGAAACCCGACUUCCAGGGCCGCACCAUUGCCUUGGAGGAGGGGGGAAUAGAGCUGACGAACAUGUGGGCCGAGCCCGCUUCGGAGACAGAACCACAAAACCUCCCGCCCAUGCUGAUUGGUUCUGUUCGACUUGCUGUCUGGGAUUACAGCAUUCCCCAUAUUGAUCUGUUUACUGAACCAGAGGGCCACGGGAGAGUAACACCGUACCACGAUGACACAAUAGAGACGGGCUCGUUUGGCGUCCCGCUGAGCACGGCUUCCAUCCAAGUGCACUCUGGGGUGUGGUUGCUGUUCAGUGACCCGGGGUUCCAGGGUAUGCUGGCUGUGCUGGAGACAGGGGUGUACCCUUUCCCUGAGGCCUGGGGCUUCCCCUCACCCUUCGUGGGAUCUCUCAGACCUCUGCGAAUGGGCACUUUCAAAGUGGAGAAUCCCAAUGAAGUCAAGGCUGUGGUGUAUGAACAGCCUGGCUUCGAAGGCUCCUUCUUGGAAAUCGACAGCGAUGUUUUCAGCUUUAGCGAGGACGAUGGAGACGUGGACGCUGAAAACCUCGACACCAGCCGGCUGAAGGCUGUGGGCUCACUUAAGAUCAUCGGAGGACUCUGGGUGGGCUACAGCCAGCCGGGGUUCGAGGGCCAGCAGCACAUCCUGGAGGAAGGAGAGUACCUGGACUGCAGCGAGUGGGGGGGCUUGGAGCAGCUGCUGUCAAUCAGACCAAUACUGGCUGAUUUCUUGUCGCCCCACCUGAAAAUGUUCAGCGACAGAGAUUUCGGGAAGCUGGGAGUGAACAUCGACCUCACGGUGCCCGUCAUCAACAUGGACGACACGGGCUACGGCCUGAAGACGCAGUCCAUCGAUGUCGUCGGUGGCGUCUGGGUGGUGUUUGAAGAACCAGGCUUUUGUGGCGAGUCCUACAUCCUGGAGAAAGGCCUGUAUGGGAGCCCGGAGGACUGGGGGGGGCUGCAGCCCCGGGUUGCCUCAGCGAUGCCGGUCAUUCUGGAUGAUUUCGAAAACGCAGCCAAGUUUAAGGUGCAGCUUUACUCUGAUCCCGGUUUUCAAGGCUCCGUCGUGGCUCUGGAGGACGGCGCCGCCUCCCUGCAAGACGGCUUCUCUGUGGCCUCCUGCAAGGUUGUGGCUGGCAACUGGGUGGCGUUUGAGGGUGAGGCGUUCACAGGCCGGAUGUAUGUGUUAGAAAUCGGGAGCUACCCAGACCUGAGGUCGAUGGGCUGUGCUGGCGGCUGCUCCUCCAUCCUCUCGCUGCAGACUGUCGGCUUUGAGUUCUCUCUGCCGUCCAUCACUCUUUUCGAGCGCUGCGGCCUGCGGGGGAAGAGGCUGGUGCUGACCGACGGCUGCGUGAACCUUCAGCUGGCUGGAGGCUGCAGCCGAGUUCAGUCUGUGCUCGUGGAGGGAGGCAUGUGGAUUCUUUACGAGGGAAUCAACUACCAGGGAGCUCAGAUUUUACUGAAACCCGAUGAGAUUCACGACUGGCGGAAGCUCAGCAGCUGGAACAAGAUCGGGUCCCUCCGCCCUCUGUUACAGAAGCAGGUGCACUUCCGUGUGAGGAACCGCCAGUCGGGGCUCAUGAUGUCGGUGACGGGGGAUUUAGACGAAGUGAAACUGCUGCGGAUUCAAGAGACGGAGGAGACGGGCGGAUUCGAGCAGAUCUGGAUCCAUCAGAACGGACAUCUCCACUGCAAGCUGCUGGAGGAGUGCAGCCUGGGUCCCAGCGGCAGCCUGACGAUGGCAGGAAGCCGCGUGGGUCUCACCCAAGAGGCAGGCGACCACGUCCACCUCUGGAGCAUCACCCCCGACGGCUUUAUCCGCUACACCCCCUCCUCUAAUCUGGUCCUGGAAGUCAAAGGUGGCCACAACUACGACAAGAACCAACUCAUUCUGAACACCCUCGACGCAAAUAAACCCCAACAAAGGUGGGAUGUGGAGAUUAUCUGAAAAACAUCUCUGAAGCUGCUUGACAGGAUCUUAAUAUCACCCGAGUGCUGGAGGUCGAGGUUCGCUGGAGCAGAGCGGAGUUCAUGGAGAGGAUGUACGAAUACCCACUGAAUAUACAAAUGGAGUCUGAACUCGUUAUACUUCAUAUAUCCAAAGAUUUGUAUUUUAACUUUUCGAUGAAUACAUUUGUUUGCCUCGAUGUUAAUUAACUUAAAACAGUGUUAACAUGUCUUCUUGUAUUUGCAUUCGAUGUUCCUCAUUGUAUUCCAGCUGCACGCACAGACAGUAAACAAAAAACGAUUUCCUCUAAAAUGUCUUUUUAUCGUUGUUUAAUCAACAUCAUACACACACCUGUCUUUUGUUAACAAAAUAAAAGUAUUUUUGUCAAUAAAUACAUUGUACAGUAGAAUGAGCUGCUACUUGGGGUACUACAGUGUGGAAGCUGGUAAAGUUCCAGUAUUUGUUGUUCCCUCACAGGCUUUUUCAGCUCAGAGUAAUAACAUGAGAUGCAUGAUGGGAAUAUAAGCGCUCCUGGAGACUGUGCAAAUGUAAAAUAAUGUAAAUAAUUCUCUGCCUUAUUGUGCUGCUUCAUCUUGUACUGGACAUAAACGCAUCUAUUGACAAACUUC